AUGCAUUGGGCGGAUUUGGGUUGGGAUAUUGGCGACCCUGGCGUCACUAACGGCUGGACGAUGUUGCACAGGGCAGUCCGGGAUGACCUACAUCAUGACAAUGAAGUGCGUAUGUUAGUCAAAAAAGGUGACGGAGAUGUCAUCCAUAAGCUGGCUGCAGCAUCUGGUGGAAUUAAUGUCAAAGAUCGACUUGGAUUAACUCCUUUGCAUCAUGCUGUACGAGGUCGGCUUGUACACGAGGAAGAAAUGUGGAGAGACUAUGACAAAGGAACAUGGCGGGAGGCAGACUUCAUGUCCAACCUUGUUCCCACUAAGGCUAAUAUGUCUCUGGUUAGGUCGCUCAUCGCGUCAGGGUCUGAUCCAAGCGAUAUUGACAGAUAUGGUCAUUCAGUUCUAUGGCAUGCCAAAUAUUUUGGUCAAGACGAGGUCACCUGCUUAUUGGAAGGAGAUUUAGAGUUUGCAAUCCCCGACCAAAGCAAAGAAAAUAUUCAAAUAGCUGUAAAUAACGGAAAUGAAAUUGACGAAGACAAUGGUAUAGGAAAUAAUCCUUUGGUGGAUUUAUUACAUAAAGUACCCCCACCUGGCAGCAAUGCUACUACCUGGCCCAGAGUGGCUUUGCGGGAAUUUGCUAAAUUACAGUUACAGGAGGUACAUUCCAAUGACAUUCAAGUACGAACCUGCGAUAAAAGCCAUGAAAUGGUGACGUGGGAGUCCGAUGUUCCAUCAGAGGCAAUCAGCCUCAUGGCUGGAGGGAAGAUGUUGCCACUGAUUCUGAAUUACGUCAGACAAAAAGCUAAAAAUGACGAAAAUCUAAGAGCUGAUUUACAUAGAUCAAGUCCGCCAGAAACGCCAGAGGGAAAGCCUUCCGCAAUCGAGAACCUGUUACGGUCACCAGCCAUAAAUCCAGGUUUCAGAAACAGGGGAGGUGUACUUGAGGUUCAUGAACAGAUGGAUUGCGUGGUUCAACGCCUCGUACAGGAAAUGAACGAUAUAUCCCCAAUGCUGCAACUUCGGGUAAUUUUGGGAGGAAGUGUAAGUGAGAAAACCAAAAUAGGUUUGCCGGACGAGUAUGACUAUCGCCUGUAUAUUGGAGCACUGGACGGCAAAUGUUCUGUUGUGAGGGAAAUUGAAUACGAUUUGAGUGUCCCAUCUUGGCAAAGGAGAACAGUCAACAUCCAAGUGUCCGAUGACGUGUCUUCCUCGUGGUCCUCUUAUUGUGACAACUCUAAUGUUAUCGACGCCGCGGCAUUGUUUAUGCACGUCCAUGGCGUUAUGUAUAAGGCACUCUCGCGGGAUAUUUGGGAAGGUCUCGAUAUGUACUGGAAACCGUAUGGAAGAAAUGCACUGCACGUACAGUGGAUGGGCAAGCAUUGGCAUGGCAUGGCAAUUAAGGCCGAUAUCAUGUACUGCGUCGAGAUCCAAGACUGGUGGCCGACCACUGUCCGACAGGAAAGUCACCUGCUUCCAAAUAUCAAAAGUAAUCCAUGCUGCGUAUUACUGAGACCACCUUCCUUCCAACCGUCGUCCUGUGAACUGGAACAUAUUGUAAUGUCACAACUUUCGGAUGAGAUGAAAACAGUUUAUUCCAUAGGCAAAUUGGUAAACAGAUUAACUGACUAUUCAUGCAAGGAGGAUAAAGUGACUUCGUAUGACCUUAAGAAUGCACUAUUUUAUUACAUGGAAAUGAAUGGGCAGACUGAAAAUUUCAGUUCAGGAGAGAAUCCAGAAGAAAGGGAGAACAAAAAGUGUGAGUAUAGCUGGGGCGGAAGCUAUAAUGGUGACUCGGAAUCAUUGCCGUUAAUGGUUAAGCAUCUGAGAACUAAAACAUUACAGGUAUUCCACGAUGGAUUGUCGCUUUUAAGAGAGCAUACGUCUUACUACUUUGGUAUUAGUCGGUGGGCUGAAAAGGAAGACCAAAAAAUCCGCAAAGCAAACCAACAAGAGAAAUUCGAACAAAUGUUGCUACUUUUGUGAUCAGGACAGCCCAUUUAGUUCUUUCUCAACUGCAAACACACAACAAAGCAUUGACUUAGUUAUGAGUCCUUGGUGAAAGUUUAAAGCCAUUUCUUCCACUUGGGAGUCAAGGAAGAGUCGAUUUGACCCCUGAUUUUUAAAAAAUCCAAUCCAAUCCAAUCAGGUCAUUUAUAAAGCGCCUUUCUUUGCAGAUACACUGUAUGCUCGCAUAUAAAUAAGACGACCCCCAAAUUUGAGAAGGUUUUUGGACGAUUUUUGUAUAUCGGGCGUAUAAUAAGACGACCCCCUGUUACAGCGUCGGAAUUCCAUAUCUUUUCUGCUUUUUGUGGUCUUGAUACUACCUGACUAAACGGAGUCAAAUGCAAGGCUAAUCUUCAAUUCCAUUUUAUGAGUUUUUAAAUGUUCAUAAAAAUCUUCUUUAACCGUAUUUAAAAUUGCGAUCAUUCAUACUAACACACGACCUACACAUUAUACUAGUGGUGUCUUUACAGUAGUAAAUUUGCGUGUUACGGACGUUCCUCACAUACGACGAACAUGAUUUUAAAAAUCUAAAAUGUGUAGGUCGUGCGUAUAAAACUUGGGGUAUCCCCUGUUUUUUCGAUUUUAUUUUGCUAUUUUAAGCCUCGUCUUAUACGCGAUUAUUUCUUGCUGCAUUAGUGGUCGAAAUUGGAGCUUAAUAAUAAUACUAAACAUAUAUGCAUCCACGCCAAAUCCAAUACUACCGUAUGUGAAAUGUGAAAUAUGACCUUUGAUCUCUGAAUCGAUGAAUGUCAGCUUAUCUAGUAACUUUGAAUGAUGAAUUGAGCUUUAUCUAGUGUUUUGUUUGAUGAUUUUUAUAAGCGGUACUGUACUUUUAAAUCACUGAUAGCAUAGGUCUAUCGGUCUGUCAGACGAGUACAGACUAGACGCGAUACUCUGUUGGACCUGUGAUUGAAAAUAAAACAUGUGAAAGCAAGGACUUAGAAGUCCUUGGUUUGUCAACAUAAACUUACGAAAGCGUGAGGUCCACGAGAUAAUACAUACGGCUUAAAGGAGUCCCACCCUUAGAUCCUGAAGUGUUACGUAAUCUAAUAUAAACACUGAUUGACGAAAACAGCAAGAAAAUACUGUUAUAAAAGUGUUAUUCCGAAUAAAGUUAAACUUAAUUAAAUUUCACUAUUUUAAUUCUGAGAAUUAUUAAUUUAAUUCAUGGAGUAAAGAUCUGGGGCCGAUGCAGACGGCGCGACCACAACCCCUAAAUUGUAGGCCUUAAUGAAAAUAAUUGUAUUGUUGAUAUGAAUAUAAUAGUACCGUUAAAAUAUUUGGGGUAAGAGUGUAAUUUUUGGGAACCUAGCAGGCGCGGAUCCAGGAUUUUGUCUGACCUUGGCACAGCUGGGGUGGUCCUUGCAGUGUUGGAUACAGAAAUAGAAAUAGAGGGGAACCUUCCCAGAGAGGAACCUUCACAGAUAGACACCUCAGCCCCACCAUACUUGGGGCAGUGUCGGCGCCAGCGGGGGGGGGGGGGCAGCAGGAGCUUAAUCCCCUCAUCGGGCAGAGCUCUUCGCAGUUGGACUAAAAAUACAAAAAAUAGGCCCACGCCAAGCCAACAUAUGUCACAAUCAGAGAGUGUCAUCUCUGGCCGUCCAGAGUUUACUAUUCUUAAAAAAAUCUCAUUUGGGAGGGGGAACAUCCUAUCAAACCCUUCCCCCAGCUCGGGCCUACCAGCCCAAGUCCCCCUGUCGGACA